AUGAGUUACAGGUGUUAAUGAAUUUGCCCUUGAAGUCUAAAGUUUUCAUUGAAACCAAUUAUAGCCUACAAUAAAGAUUUUUUUUUCCUAUUUUAUUGAAUGUCUCUUAAUUGUCUUAACACAACAGUCUGGAACGACCUGCUGUGCUCCUGAAUUUCCUAACGGGCUAUUCCAUAGAUAACAACCAUGUGCUGUAAUACAUCUCUUUAAAGGAAUUAGAAACGAUCGAACGGUCCGAUGUGAAUGCAUUGCCCACGUAUAGAUGGGCCAUCCGUGCCAUACUUUAGGUUUCUCCUACGGAGUCGGCCACGAUCCAAACUUCCCGUGUGACUCCACGCCCUGUUUUCCGGGGAGCCGUGAAGAAAUCCAGCCCUUCCACGCGCUGCUUUUGCGUUCUGUUCCCGAGCGGUAGCUGCGGUGGGUUUUUUCUCUCCGGUUAGCCGUAUUGUGAUACGGAUAAAUUUUUAACUGUUCGUAUUCUUGCUUUUAUCACACUCGAGGGAUACCUGGAUAUAGAAUCCGUUCAGUAGUCCGUAUUCGUAUCUGUUUUCCCCGUCUCGUGCCUCCGUGGCAAUGGAUUGAUUUCAUUUUUUUCUUCGACCCCAGCCUCGACCAAGUUGAGAAAACAUUCUAACCUGCAGUCUCUCUCUAUCCGUACUUCGAGCUGUGAGCCAGCUACAUGUUUCACCCGGCCACUUUUCAAAGUAGCUGGUUCCGGAUGUUUCUUUACAUUUCCUAGGUGCGAUUUUGAACUUUUCGUCUUGGGAGUGUAUAACAGGCGGCGGCCGAGGAUUUACAACGGGAUAGCUCCGGGGUUCCUGAAGCCUGCAAAUAUUUAUUUUUGAAAAGUGAUGGCCGAGCGGGGAGCACGGUCGCUCCUCUCUCUCCUCUUCCUCACCUUUCUCUACACCGCGUCUGCCGCGGCGAAGCAUGUCGACAAAGGUACGACGGUGCCCCCCUUCAGCCCCUUCUGGUUCACCUCGGAGCCCCAGGACACCAUGGCUGUUCGGGGUGGGCUGGCGCUGCUCAACUGCUCGGCACACAGCGACAGCGCAGUGGCCCGCGUGGAGUGGAAGAAGGACGGCACGUUCAUGACGCUGGCCUCGGACGAGCGGCGGAAGGUGCUGGCGGACGGCUCGCUGCUCAUUUCUCAGGUGGUGCAUUCCAAGCACAACAAGCCCGAUGAGGGGACCUACCAGUGCGUGGCCACCAUAGACAGCUUGGGCUCCAUCUCAAGCCGCGUCGCACGCCUCUCCGUAGCAGGCAUGCCCCGGUUCACAAGCCAGCCCGCGCCGGCUGCCGUGCGCCCGGGCGACAGCCAGGUGCUGCCUUGCGACAUCAACCCAGACCUGGCACCCUUCACACGCUGGGAGAAGGACCGGCAGUCCCUGGAGCUGGGCUCGCGGAUGGUUCAGCUGCCCAGUGGAGCUCUGCUGAUCAGCAACGCCUCGGAGAGCGACGCGGGGCAGUACCGCUGCCUGGUGGAGAACGUGGGCCAGACCAAGGCCAGCGAGGAGGCUCAGCUGCAGCUCACGCCAGAGACGACGGAGGAAAGGAAGCCUGAGUUCCUGGUGCUGCCAACCGCCGUGACCAAGGUGGUGGACACGGGUGUGUUACUGCUGCCCUGCGCCGCCACCGGCUUCCCUACACCCUCCGUCCGUUGGAUGCUGAACGACAAAGUUCUGGAUGAGAGUGGGGGUCGUCGCGAGGUGGUGGCCGGUGGCAGCCUGCUGAUCUCCAACCUCACAGAGGAAGACGCAGGACUCUACACCUGCGUGGCCCACAACGGCAUCGACAACAGCACUGUCCACGCCCAGGCCCUGCUCACUGUGCAAGCUCCUCCCCAAUUUGUGAAACGGCCUGCCAACAUUUAUGCCCACGAGUCCAUGGACAUCAUCUUCCAGUGUGAGGUCACAGGGUCGCCCGCCCCCACCAUCAAAUGGGUGAAGAAUGGAGACGCAGUCAUCCCCAGUGAUUACUUCAAGAUAGUUAGGGAACACAACCUGCAGGUUCUUGGUCUAGUCAAGUCUGACGAGGGCUUCUACCAAUGCCUGGCCGAAAACGACGCAGGGAAUAUCCAGGCCAGCGCCCAGCUCAUCAUCCUGGAGCACGAUGUUGCCCUUCCCUCGUCCCUUCCCCCCCCACUGACUCCUAACACUACUGACCAUGUAACGCCAGGCGCGGGAGGUGUGGCCAACCCCAUGGGGCCCGCCCCCUCAGCACCCAGGGACGUGGUGGCGUCGCUGGUCUCCACGCGCUUCAUCAAGCUCACCUGGCGGCCGCCAGCCGAGCCGCACGGCGACGACCUCACCUACUCUGUGUUCUACAGCCAGGAGGGCACCAGCAGGGAGCGUGUGCUGAACACCAGCCGGCCUGGUGAGAUGCAGGUGACCAUCCAGAACCUGAUGCCUGACACUAAGUACCGCUUCAGGGUGGUUGCCCACAACAGCAACGGCGCCGGGGAGAGCUCCGCCGCACUGCCCGUGGCCACCCAGGCCGAAGUCCAGGUCCCUGGCCCCGCCCCCAGCCUACAAGCAGUCGCCAACACCCCCACCUCGGUGUCCCUCAGCUGGGACACGCCUCUUACCGGCAAUGGAGAGAUCCUGAUUUAUAAGCUCUACUACACCGACCAAUCCCUGGGAACAGAGGAGGACCUGGAAACGGACACCCUGUCGUACACAAUGAAUGGCCUGAAGAAGUUCACAGAGUACGGCUUCCGUGUUGUGGCCUACAACAAGCAUGGGCCUGGUGUCUCCACCCAGGACGUGAACGUGCGAACCCUGUCUGAUGUGCCAAGCUCACCACCUCAGAACCUAAGCCUGGAGGUGCAGAACUCAAAGAGCAUCAUGGUGCGCUGGCAGCCCCCGCCGCCUGGCACCCAGAACGGCGAGAUCACGGGCUACAAGAUCCGUUACCGCAAGGGCACGCGGAAAAGCGAGGCGGCGGAGACCACGGGGGGCACCCAGCUAUACCAGCUCAUCGACGGUCUGGAGCGCGGUACAGAGUACACCUUCCGAGUGUCUGCAGCUACACUGAACGGCACAGGGCCGGCAACAGAGUGGAACACUGCAGAGACGUUUGAGAGCGACCUCGAUGAGACCCAGGUGCCAGACAUCCCCAGCUCUCUGCAUGUGCGGCCGCUGGUCAACAGCAUCGUGGUGAGCUGGACCCCCCCAGAGAACCAGGACAUCGUGGUGCGCGGCUACUCCAUCGGCUACGGCAUCGGUAGCCCCCACGCCCAGACAAUCAAGCUGGACUACAAGCAGCGCUAUUACAGCAUCGAUAACCUCGACGCCAGCUCCCAUUAUGUGAUCACACUGAAGGCCUUCAACAAGGUGGGCGAAGGCAUCCCUGUGUACGAGAGCGCCAUCACCAGGCCCCAGUCAGACCCCCUAGACCCCGUUGUUGACCUGUCUACCCAUGCUUCAUACGACUCAGUGCCAGACCCCUCCCCAAUGCUGCCUCCCGUGGGCGUUCAGGCCUCGGUGCUGAGCCACGACACCAUCAAAGUGACCUGGGCUGACAACUCGCUGCCCAAGAACCAGAAGAUCACGGAUGCCCGCUAUUACACGGUGCGCUGGAAGACCAACAUCCCUGCCAACACCAAGAUGAAGACUGCCAACACCACCAGUCUGAAUUACAUGGUGACGGGCCUGAAGCCCAACACGCUGUACGAGUUCACCGUCAUGAUAACCAAGGGCCGCCGCUCCAGCGGGUGGAGCAUGACCGCUCAGGGCACCACCUUCGAGACCAUCCCGAGCUCGGCUCCGAAAGACGUCACCGUGGUCAGCAAGGAGGGCAAGCCCCGCACCAUCAUUGUCAACUGGCAGCCUCCUUCUGAGGCCAACGGGAAGAUCACUGGCUACAUCAUCUACUACAGCACGGACGUCAACGCCGAGGUCCACGACUGGGUGAUCGAGCCGGUGGUGGGCAACCGGCUCACCCACCAGAUCCAGGAGCUCACGCUGGACACCGCCUACUACUUCAAGAUCCAGGCACGCAACUCCAAGGGCAUGGGCCCCAUGUCGGAGGCCGUGCAGUUCCGCACCCCUAAGACUGAGUCAUCUGACAAAAUGGCUAAUGACCAAGCCAACCCUCCGGUAAAGCCAGGAAGUAACCAGCCCCCAUCAGAUGGUUUUGGAAGCGCAGUCGGGACGCCCGGUGGAGCUGACAACAUCCUGGUCAUCGUGAUCAUCAUCUCCGUGGGCGCCUUCACCAUCAUCGUGGUGGUGGUCGGGGCCUUCCUGUGCACCCGCCGCACCACCUCCCACCAGAAAAAGAAGCGUGCUGCGUCCAAGUCCACCAACGGCUCCCACAAGUACAAGGGCAACUCCAAGGACCUCAAGCCCCCCGACCUCUGGAUCCACCACGAGCGGCUGGAGCUCAAGCCCAUGGACAAGUCCCCGGACCCCAACCCAGCCAUGACGGACACGCCCAUCCCCCGCAGCUCCCAGGACAUCACGCCGGCCGACAGCGGCCUCGACAGCGUUACCCACCUGCAGCAGCAGCAGCCCCGCCGCAACUCCUACCGAGGCCACGAAUCAGAGGACAGCAUGUCGACACUAUCAGGCCGACGGGGGAUGAGGACUAAGAUGAUGAUGCCCUUUGACGCACAGCCGCCUCAGCCUGUGAUUAGCGCUCACCCCAUCCAUACCCUUGACAACCACCACCAUCACCACUAUCACAUGGGCAGCCUGGCCUUGCCGCCACGCGGCUACCUCUACCACCAGGGCCCCGGGCACCCCCUGGCCCGCCCCCAUGUCUGUGCCACCCCUGUCUCCCAUCUAGACAGGGUGGACUCCUCAGAAUCUGUGCGGACCACGCCCAGCGUGGAGCCCCCUCCCCCCGCCGCGGCCUGCUCCUCGUCGCAGGGGUCCUGCCCGUCCUCUGAGCUGCUGGCCGGCGACCCCGAGGGCAGCGGCAGCUACCAUGGCUCCAGCACCACGGAGGAGGAGCCCAACUACUCCACCAACCUGCCCCCCCACCGCCCCGCCCACCCGCACGCCCACGCACACCCCCUCAAGAGCUUCGCCACCAGCCACCCCACCUACGAGUCCUCGGCGCUGCCCAGCACGCCACUGCUGGCUCAGCCUGGACCCCCCAGCCACCCACACGUUGUCAAGACAGCCUCCAUCGGCACGCUGGGACGGACGCGCACACCCGUGGUGGUGACGGUGCCCAACGCCCCCGAUGUGCCAGAGACCAGCAAGAUGCUGGAGGACGUGGACAGCAGCUACGAACCCGACGAGUUGACCGAGGAGAUGGCCCACCUGGAGGGCCUCAUGAAGGACCUGAACGCCAUCACCACCGCGCCAUGAGACACACGCACACAGACACACACACACACACACACACAGGGACAUAAUACACCCCAAAUAUCAUCCAUGGACACAUCAGUCUACCUGCGCCAUAGGAACUCUCUAACCCCCCCCCCCACCCACCCCCCAGUGCAGGGAGAGCCUGCAUCCAGCUGCGUAUGAAACAUUGCUAUUGGCUAAACACUUACCCACUCUCAGGAAGGAGACGGCCAUGAGAGGAACGCAGGAGUGUGACGUUUUACCCUUUUUAUGAAGAAGAAGAAAAAAUAACAUUCUCAGAGACCAUUUGAUCGCUUUCAAGCUGAGGAUUGUGAAGUUUGUCCUUGGCAAAAAAGAAAGAAAAAAUAUUAAAAAUAGUCCAGGAGAGACGUGUGGCAGGUUUUGUUGUGUGGGAUGACAGGAGGGCGUGACACACUUUUGGAGAAAGUCCAAAAAUAUGCUGGUAUUGAUGUUGGUGCUCAUCGGGCGCAGUCUACAGUGUUUGUUUGAUAUGUGUCAUUUCUGCAUUUUUAUAUAUCUAUUGGGCUGAAUCAGUGAGGUGAACAUUGGAAAAACACUCUGUACAAGCCUACAGUAUCCAUGCGACGUCGCGUAUAAACCCCCGUUUCUUGUUUUGACCACCCCUCCCUGCCACACACAUUGUGUCGUAUAUUGUGCCAUGACUUUUUAUAGGAUUCCAUGUUAUAUGUAUUAUUUUUUACUCACAUAUCCUUUAUAAACAUGUACAUAUCUUGUUAUUUUUAUUUUUUUCCGUUGAAUCUGCCUCCUUUUUUGCGCUUCCUAUUAUUUCAUUACUAGCAAGGAUGGAAUACUUUUCAUAUCAGAAGAGGUGAUGUUCCUUUGGUGUUUCUACACAGUGCAGUUGAAUGGAAUUUUGAAAAACCCUUAUUUUUCCUCUAUGUACAUUAAAACGUGUUGGCCCUUGUUUUUUGUGGGAGCUCUGUUUUUGAAAAAAAAUAAAAAAAGCCUUACCAACGUGUUUUCCAAUGUUGGACAUUUCAGACGCGAAGACGCAACCCCUCUUGAAGUUGUAUUGUGACGAGGGCGCGAUCGUUGUCACCUCCAGGCAGUAACCAUAAUGAUUAACAAGCUAUGACACAACAUUCUUUCAGGUCAGGGGGUUGUUUUUGGUGGGGUGGUAAUGAAAGCCCAGAGAACCUUGCAUGACAGCCAGUGUUUCAAUCAUCUGAUAAGCUAUAACGAAGGUCCCGAAAGCCAAUAUUUGGUUUUGUCAUGGAGAAUCGGAUACAGUUU